UAAAUAGAUUUGAAUAAACAGCAGAGGGAAAAUGAAAGAUGAGCCAGAGAAAAGUCUGGCUACGAAUCAUUCAAGGUCGAUGUUCCCAGGUUAGCUUCGAUCCUGAGGUGGAUUAAGCUUAUUGAAAAGAUGAGAGGAUGGGAGGAGAGGGAGAGAAUAGCGUGACACAGAGUAAGUGAGUAAAAGUGAGAGAUAUAAGCAUAUUAUUGUGUAAGAAGUCGACCCACCCUGAUGAGCUGAAAAAACCCUUCGCUUGAUCACAGUUAUUUAUAAUGGCAUCACUCUGAUUCAUUUUUGGGUUUAAUUUGUUUAACUUUGCUUUCAGCCAACAACCGUAAGUGAUGUUGGUGAAAAUUUUUCAAUCUAUUAAAACUGUAUUAUCUGGUUAUUAUUAAAAUUAAAUGAUGUGUUCAGGAAGCCAACACGUUACAAUCAGAGUUUAACAUUUUUUGAAUUUAGUUUAAUUUCAACUUUUCAACUCUUCUCGCUCAAUCAAGAUGUAACUGUGCUAAUGUAAUUGUAUGAAAUCGAUAACACAGAAUCACUUUUGACAGUUGCUUUAUUUCCUUCUUUCUGUUUCUCUUACUUAUCUGACUAACCAAGGAUCGGGUUUUUGACCUUAUUUGUUGAUUUUGCAAAUGAGCCUUGAAAUUGUGUGCUGGUAACCGGAUAUACUUUUCAAGGGAGCCAAUGUUUUCCAUCUAAUAACCUCACUCAAUAUCCUAAAACACCAACAAAAUAAUCAACUUAACAAGUGUCUUGCUUUAACUCAAGAUUUCAAGAUUACUUACGACUUGAAGGAAACGACAAUCGGCGCUUCAACCAUCACACACCAUGUUGACAGUAUAAAUAUUCACACUAAUUGGUAAACAUUGUGAUUAACAUCAUUUUGGAUAAUUAUAAUCAAACUAAGUAAACCUCAUGUCGUCAACAAGAAAGAGUAAUCCAAAACAUGAUGACGAACCAAGGAACGAUUUUUCUCAUCCAAGGGACGAGAAAAGUAAAGAAGAAAGGUUAGCCUCGAAGAAACGAUCCCGUAAACGAGCUGAGAAAAUUGAAGUUGAUCUCUUGAAACGAUUACAUAAAGGUGAUGACAAUAAUAAUACUGCUGUUGGGGAAAUGAUGGUGGAAGAGGAAGACAAUGACGAUGAAAGUUAUCAAGCUGAGAAGGAAAGUUCACCUUCAAUAUCCUUGGAAGUUGCCUCCGAUUCUUGUAGUUCAGUUGAAUUUCAAUGGAAUAACAAAGAAAAUAUUAAAUUGGAAACUGAUUGUCCUGGAGAUUUAGUGAUUCGCCAAGAAGUUACCGAAGAAACUGAUUCUUCUCAUGCUAAUCCAAGUCGAAUAUCGUUUGUCAGCUCAAUUAGUUACACUAUUAAAUCGUACGAUCCUUUAGAGGAGGAAAGGUCAUUUAUUCAGAGAAUGUCAACUCGAGAAAAGGAAUUAGGAAUGAUUAAAGACAUAAAAGAUGAUGACGAAGAAGAAGACGACGACGAAGAAGGAGAAGAAAUAGAAAAAAGAGAGAAGAAAGGAAAUGAGGAAAACAAAGAUGUAAGAAGUCCUGGUCUAAGCUUGUUAUCAACUGGCUUCCUCAAUGAUGCCAAAAAUAAGCCAAUUACUGGAAUAGGAGUGAAAAGUAAACGUAAAGCUCGAAUAAGAGAAUCUCGAAGAGAGUCAAUUACUCACUGUAAUGCAAAUAACUGUUCAUCAUCAUCUUCAGAUGACAAUGGCAGUGAUUGCCUUGUUCGUACUCAUAAACCUUUUAUGGUUCGUCACCACAGUGAUGAAACAUUGAACCGAGGCUCAUCUCGUAUUGACCGGCGAACCAAUCGCUAUUAUCGACGUCGAUCUCAAGAAUUUAUUUUUAAACCAUUAUCUUCAUAUAUUGUCACUGAUCCAAAUGUUCAUAGCCCAAGUUCAUGUAAUGUUGAUAGUAAAAAGGCAACUACAGCAGAUGAUGUUACUUCCUCUGAUUCAGAGAUAAGGGUAACAACGAAACCACCUUUAACCACUAUUCAACUUCAAUGGGUUAAAUCAAAUAUCUAUUCACCUAGACGAAGUUUACGGCGUAAUUCGGAAGAAUCAAUUAGCUGCCAUUUAACUCACCCAUCCAAUGCAUCUGAAAUACAAUCAACUGUUAGCCUGGACAAUUUGAUUCCAUACACUCACAAUAAAAGUGAUUCACGCCCUGAUAACCAAACUAAUAUUGUUAUCACAUCGAAUAAUCAAUCUCAAUAUGAAGUUAACUUUAACAGAUCAACAAAUGCUUCCGUUGACUCAGUAGAUUUCCGUUGCUUAGAUGAUUUCCUGCCAAAAAUAUCUUCCAGUGACCCUGUUAUUUACAGGAAAUAUGACCUUACUGGUGAGGAUCAAGUAGACAAGGUUUCCCAUUAUGACUCUAUGCUAACAGUGUCAAUCAGUCAAAAUACCGGUGAAUCUCAUUCAUCAGUAAACCAUUUAUCGCCAACCAAUGAUUCUGGUGUUAGUUCACAAUCAGUGGCCUCAAGUCCAAUUUUAAGCCAAGCUCCUUCGCCACCACCACGAAAUCGAAUCGGUAAACUAACAUCCAUUUAUGGAAGUAUAAUUAAACAAAGGUCAUCUUCAGCAGCAUCCUCGAUAACCUCACCUAUUCAAAGUCAUCAAUAUCCAUCGGUAUCAUCAAGCUGUAGUGAUCUCUAUCGUAGGCAAUUGGGAGUUUCAAGUAGCCGAAACAAUGAUAGUCUUUCACAGUCUUAUCACGGUGAAUCGAUUGAAUAUGAUAACAAUAAUAAAUAUGAUAAUAGUAAUAAUAGUAACAAUGCCAUUAACGAAGCGUGUUCAAAACACAACGAAGCCUCUCUAAUAAAGCCAAAGAAUGAUGAUGAUAAUUAUAAUGAUGAAGCAAUAAUAAAUGGAUCUUCUGAAAUGAAAAAGAGUGUUCGAGAUAUUAUCGCCAACAUUGAGUCAAAUAUAAAAUCAUCAACUUGUUCAGGCAAAAUAAUCCCUUCCACUGAAAAGUUCAAUAGUGUUGAAAGUGAUUUAAAAUCAGUUAUAAAAAUUAAUUCAACAAAAGGAGCCCCCAAUGACAACAAUAACUCUCAUUCAAAUGAGUUGAUUUAUCCUGACCAACAAAGAAGAGCAAACAUUGUUAAACGUGAACAAUUCCGAAAGCAGAGAGAACCAUUCAUUACUCAAGUGCAUCUUCCCAAUCGUUACACCCCUGAAAGUCAAUUAGAAGAAUCAUCUUUUUUGAAUAGACCAAAGCCUAAACCAUCUUCAAUAAUUAAUCUAAACUCCUGGUCGAGACCCAAACCAAAUAAAUUUCUUAAUGGGACAAAGUUUCGUAAAAUAAUAUCCAAAAACAGUAAAAUUCGUAAAUUGGACGAAGCCAUUUCAGAGCUUGAAGAAAUUUAUGCAAAUUUAAAUCUAGACGAUGAGGAUCUACUUGAUCGCGCUGAAAGACGUGAUAUGCCUACCAAAUUUCAAUUAAUGCGAUUCCAACAGACCUCAAAUGAUAUUAAUGAUAACUACAAGUCCAAUAAAUCAACAGAACCAAACAAUUCAUCACAUCCUCCUCCAUUGCCUACCAAAAAAUCAAUUUAUCCUCCAGAAACAGGCUGGAAACAUCCUCAUUGUGAAAGCUUUUGCCAAAAUCGUCAUCGUCGUCGAAGUUUAGGUUGUGUUGAAUCUCUUUUAGCAUCAUCUGACCCUCCAUACCGUGAAAAAGCUCCUCCAAGGCGUCGAUCUGCUAUUCCUGAUCCCGUUUCUGACGAUUUAGCUGCACGAAAAAUGGUUAAAAAUAAAAGUCAAUCAAGGGACAAUUUAGUAGAGGACAAAAAAAUCCCAAGUUAUUUGCUUCUUUCACCAAUCUAUAGUCCAUCUUCUCGGGAAGAUGGCGAUGAAAUGAUUGAUGAUUUUACCUCAUUGGAACCUGAGCCAGAUAUUGAAAAAGAUGAUCUCUCUUAUCGUAAAUUUACUCAAUCAGAAGCAGCUUCGGUUACACCUCCUCAUCCACCUUUCGGUAUACCAAUUGGGUUUACCGAUUUGUCAACCAUUAACAAUUAUGUUCAGGCAACUCUAAGUGAAAAAGACCGGAAUUUUUUCUACUACAGAGUUAAACCCUAUUAUCCUCACCUUAUUAAAGAUGACAUGGCUUUCAGAAAUUUUCGUAAAGAUCUUGAUAAAUCGCAAGAUGAAUUGAGAAAAUCUUGGUCAGAUGGAAUAAAAUUACUUCCAAUAACAACAAAGCAUCUAAUUAGUCAACGCAAUGAAACUCGAGAACGUCCAACCUCGCUAAAUUUACCCUAUAACAACAACUCUAAUGGUUAUUAUCAUCAUCGUUAUCACCCUCAUCCAACUCGAGUUUCUUUAAUUGCAAAUGAAUUUGAAAAUCAAGGAUCACUUGUUUAAAAUUUUUUCUUAUUUCUAUCUACAGCUGUUUACACAUUUUUUGCAACUUGUGUGUCAUAUUGAUACAGUAACAAUGUAACAAUUAAGUUCCAACUUCCGUCCAUUUAGUCGUUUCAACUCUAGUCAAAUUUUGCUUUUAAUCUGGAGACAUGCUUAUUUCGUUGUCUCCGUUUUUAAUAAUUUUAUUGAAUAAUUUUAACCAAUUUAUUAUAUAUAAAAAUUUGUUCACCGCUAAA